AUGUCGUCAACACCGAUGGACAUUGACGAGCCCAGCGCAGGAACACCCUCCCUGAACGUUACUCGGUUACUUGGGCCUAAUGGGCCCAGUACCUCCAAGGUCAGCGAGGUUAUCAAGAAUUUCAGGCCGACAAAGUUCUUCCAGAGAGACGACGUUAAGGAGGGUAGGCCGCAGCCAUAUGUUCUCUCGAUCGACUUUGACGACCCUGGCGAGCUAUGCAUGACCUCCGAAAGCGAUGAGACCAUCCAGAUAUAUAACGUUAGGGAAGGUCGGCAUGAUAAGAGCUUGCUGAGCAAAAAGUACGGCGUCAAGCACGCGAAGUUUACACAUUCCAGCUCGGGCAUCAUCUAUGCGAGCACGAAGCAAAACGACGCAAUCCGCUAUCUGGCAACCCACGAUAAUACGUUCAUCCGUUACUUCGAAGGCCACGAGGCUUCCGUUACCAACAUUGCUCUCCACCCCGGCUCCGACAACUUUCUUUCGUGCAGUCUUGACACCACAGUCAGGCUCUGGGAUCUCAACAGCAGGACCUGGGUUGCCCGAUUCCACCUCACCAACCCCACCCUAGCGGCCUGGGAUCCUGCCGGCCUUGUCUUUGCCAUCGCUCUACCAGCCAGCGCCAGCAUCCUCCUUUACGAUUACCGCAACUACGUGAAACCGUUCAAAACCAUCGACGUUCUGAAGGAGAAGGGGCCGGCCGAUGCGGAAGCUGUCUUCAGAGGCUGGACGAAGCUCGAGUUCUCCAACGACGGGAAGCAUCUCCUUUUGGGAACACGAACCGGCGGACACUUCCUCUUUGACGCUAUUGACGGAAUCCUAAAGGCAUACUUGCGAAAGCCCCAAGGCGGCACCAGACGGCCAGCCCCUGGCGAAGCUGAUGGUGGGAGCGGUGCGCUAGAGAGCAGUGGAGACUGUUGCUUCACAGCGGAUGGACGAUAUGUCGUGUCAGGCGCGGCCAAGGAUCUGUUGGUUUGGGACACAAUGCAAACUCCCAACAACAAGGUCCUGGAACCACAUUUCCUUCCCCAGGGAGGAAAGAAGGAACCAGUCCUUGUGCAGUACAAUCCACGGUUCAACAUGAUUGCCACGGCGGAUAAGGAGCUUAUGUUUUGGCUGCCGGUUUCCGAUUCAUAG